AUGGUCGAGAAGUCCAGUGAGAGAUAUGAUAAACAGAUGGCCGGACGAUUGGGAGAUAUAGAUUUUACAGGUGUCAGUCGAACCAGGGGCAAGUUUGUAAGGGUGACCAGCUCCACGGAUCCAGCUGAGAUCUAUCAGAUUUUGACUAAGCAGUGGGGUCUGGCUCCACCUCAUCUUGUGGUGGCACUGAUGGGAGGUGAUGAAGUUGCUCAGCUUAAGCCUUGGCUGAGGGACACACUUAGGAAAGGCCUUGUGAAGGCAGCACAGAGCACAGGGGCCUGGAUCCUCACCAGUGGUUUGCGCUUUGGCAUCACUAAGAAUCUGGGUCAGGCCGUAAGGGACCACUCCCUAGCAAGCACUUCCCCGAAGGUGCGAGUUGUGGCUAUUGGAAUUGCCCCCUGGAACAUGAUUCAGAACCGAGAUCUGUUGCUCUCUGCAAAGCCUGAUCAUCCAGCAACAUACCCAACCGAGGAUCUCCCUUAUGGCGCUGUGUACUCCUUGGACUGCAAUCAUUCACAUUUCAUCCUGGUGGACGAGGACGCCAAGAGGCCCGGAGCCACUGGUGAGAUGAGGGUCAAGAUGCUCAAACACAUCUCUCUGCAGCGCACAGGAUAUGGGGGCACAGGCAGCAUAGAAAUACCUGUUUUAUGUCUUCUGGUUCAUGGAGAGCCAAGGAUAUUACAGAAAAUGUACAAGAAUAUUCAGAAUUCAAUUCCCUGGCUAAUAUUGGCUGGCUCAGGAGGAGUCGCUGAUAUUUUAGUGACCCUGAUGGACAGAGGAUGCUGGGAUGCUGAUAUUGUUCAAGAGCUGUUAAUUAACACUUUUCCUGAUGGUCUGCACAGCACUGAAAUCACGUCUUGGACCAAACUGAUUCAGAGAAUAUUGGACCAUGGUCACCUGUUAACAGUGCAUGACCCAGAGCAGGAUUCAGAACUGGAUACAGUAAUUCUCAAAGCACUGGUUAAGGCGUGUAAGAGUCAGAGUCAGGAAGCGCAGGACUUCCUGGAUGAGCUGAAACUGGCCGUGGCCUGGAAUAGAGUGGACAUCGCCAAGAGUGAGAUCUUCAGUGGAGAUGUCCAAUGGAGUGCACAGGACCUGGAGGAGGUCAUGAUGGAGGCAUUGGUGAAUGACAAGCCUGACUUUGUGCGUCUGUUUGUUGAUAACGGUGUGAACAUAAAGCAGUUCCUGACUUAUGGCCGUCUCCAAGAGCUCUACUGCUCUGUGUCUGAGAAAAACCUCCUUCACACACUGCUCCUGAAAAAGAAUCAGGAGAGACAGGCUCAAUUGGCCAGAAAACGAAUGUCAGGAAACCCCAACAAUGAACUAGGUGACCGCAAAUUCCGUUUCACCUUCCACGAGGUCUCAAAAGUCCUCAAAGACUUUCUUGAUGACACCUGUAAGGGUUUCUACCAAAAACUUCCAGCGGAAAGGAUGGGAAAAGGCAGACUUUUCCACAGCCAGAAAAACCUCCCAGACAUGGACAGACGAUGUGAGCACCCUUGGAGAGACCUCUUUCUUUGGGCUAUUCUGCAGAAUAGGCAGGAAAUGGCAAACUACUUCUGGGCCAUGGGCCCCGAGGCAGUGGCAGCUGCUCUGGUGGGCUGUAAGAUCAUGAAGGAGAUGGCCCAUCUGGCUACUGAAGCGGAGUCUGCUCGCAGUAUGAAGAAUGCCAAGUAUGAGCAGUUUGCAAUGGAUCUUUUCAGUGAGUGUUAUUCAAACAGUGAAGACAGAGCCUAUUCUCUCCUGGUGAGGAAAACGUGCUGUUGGAGCAAAGCAACUGUCCUUAAUAUCGCCACUUUGGCAGAAGCCAAAUGCUUUUUUGCUCACGAUGGAGUCCAGGCCUUGCUGACCAAAGUCUGGUGGGGAGCCAUGAGGACAGACACCUCCAUAUCUAGACUCGUGCUCACGUUCUUCAUCCCUCCCCUUGUUUGGACCAGCCUUGUCAAGUUCAAUCCAGAGGAACAGGUGAGCAAAGAUGAAGGGGAGCCGUUUGCUGAGCUGGACAGUUUGGAAACAGAACCAGCACUGUUACUCACAGACGGGGAUCCUGUUGCUGGGGAAGGUAGUGCUGACACUGCCGCUCACAGUUGCAGCGCGACCUUCAUCCGUGUGGUUCUACGGCGCUGGAACCGUUUCUGGAGCGCUCCAGUCACCGUGUUCAUGGGGAACGUCAUCAUGUACUUUGCUUUCCUCAUUCUGUUCAGUUAUGUGCUGCUCUUGGACUUCAGGCCUCCACCACCGUAUGGCCCGUCUGCAGCUGAGAUCAUCCUCUACUUCUGGGUCUUUACCCUGGUGUUGGAGGAAAUCAGACAGAGUUUCUUCACGGAUGAGGACAUGAGUAUUCUGAAGAAGAUGAAGCUGUAUGUGGAGGACAACUGGAACAAAUGUGACAUGGUGGCCAUCUCCCUCUUUGUGGUGGGAUUGUCAUGCAGGAUGGCCAUGAGUACAUAUGAGGCUGGCCGCACUGUUCUUGCUUUGGACUUCAUGGUUUUCACCCUAAGACUCAUUCACAUUUUUGCCAUACAUAAGCAGCUGGGACCCAAAAUAAUCAUUGUUGAGAGAAUGAUCAAGGAUGUGUUCUUCUUCCUCUUCUUCCUGAGUGUUUGGCUGAUAGCGUAUGGAGUGACCACACAGGCCCUUCUUCACCCCAAUGACCCGCGCAUUGAUUGGGUCUUCCGAAGGGCACUGUACCGCCCAUAUCUUCAUAUAUUUGGACAGAUUCCUUUGGAGGAAAUAGAUGCGGCAAAAAUGCCAGAUGAUAACUGCACUACUGAUGUGCAGGAGAUUAUAUUAGGCACUCUGCCACCCUGCCCAAACGUCUAUGCCAACUGGCUGGUCAUUCUGCUGCUUGUCAUCUAUUUGCUGGUCACAAAUGUACUGCUGCUCAACCUGCUGAUUGCCAUGUUCAGCUACACAUUUCAAGUGGUGCAGGAGAAUGCAGACAUCUUCUGGAAGUUUCAGCGCUAUAACUUGAUUGUUGAAUACCACAGCCGCCCGGCACUUGCACCACCCUUCAUCAUCAUCAGCCACAUCACACAGGCUCUCCUCAGCUUCAUCAAAAAGACAGAAAACACACAGGAUCUGCUGGAGAGGGAACUGCCGGCUGGCCUGGACCAGAAGCUCAUGACAUGGGAGACGGUGCAGAAAGAGAACUAUCUGGCUAAACUGGAGCAUGAGCACAGAGAGAGCAGCGGAGAGAGACUCAGAUACACUUCCUCAAAGGUACAGACUUUGCUAAGGAUGGUUGGGGGUUUUAAGGACCAAGAAAAGCGAAUGGCAACAGUGGAGACUGAGGUGAGGUAUUGUGGAGAGGUCUUGUCUUGGAUUGCCGAAUGUUUUCACAAAAGUACUCUGAAGUGUGACAGAGAAGCACCAAAAGCCCCACGGUCCAUUGCCAUGAGCUCCAGAGACCAGCAGCCACAAGGGGCCAAACGCCAGCAGCCAGGAGGACAUCCAGGAUAUGCCACUGACAAGAAACUGCCUUUCAUUGAUCAGUGAUCCACCUCUAUAUUUUCUUUGUAACCUAGAAAUAGGAAAUUAAAGGUCCUGUGAAAUUAAAAUAACGUUUAAGAUAGUUAGUAUCAGUAUGUUCGGAUAUGUAAGGAUAUCUAUAAACCAGUGUGCUCCAAAACAGAGACAGUUCGCAUUUUGUAGAUAUAAACCUGAAAUAAACAUCCAAAGCUUGCUGUUUGUCACUUCCGCCUUAAUGGAUCAAGAUUGUUUUCUUCAUACUUCAGUUUUUGGCAUAACAAGGUGGGUCAGUGGUUAGCACUGUCGCCUCACAGCAAGAAGGUCGCUGGUUCAAGUCCUGACUGAGUCAUUAGAGUUUUUAUUUUCUCUCUGUGUUUGCGUGGGUUUCCUCCGGGUGCUCCGGUUUCUCUCACAAGACAUGCGUUGUAGGUAAAUUGAAUAAACUAAAUUGACUGUAGUUUGAUUGUGUGCAUGUGAAAGUUUAUGGGUGUUUCCCAGUAGUGGGUUGCAGCUGGAAGGGCAUCCACUGUGUAAAACAUAUGCUGGAUAAGUUGGAAAUUUAUUCCGCUGUAGUGGGCAGUUUAUACUUAACCCUAACCCUGAUGAAUAAAGGGACUAAGCUGUAGGAAAAUUAAUGAAUAAAUGAACUUCAGUUUCUCGUCCAAUUUUCUGACCAAUCAAAUGCUCUUUAGUAUCUGACAUGUCCCGCCUCUUUCAAGACACUUCGCAUUUGAUGCACUUGAUCUCAACCACUCUCACUGGCAGAGCUGUAAUAAAACCAAAAUGCUACUGGCUGUUUUUUUAACAAAGGGGAGGAGCUACUCUAUGUCCCGCCCUCUCUUUUCAACCCCCUCAGUUGAAAAUUCUUGAAAAUGCACAUUAUAAAGCACUUCACGGGACCUUUAAUAUUUAGACAAAAAAUGAAAGACAUAAUAUGUGCAGAUUAAUAUUUUGAGUUUUAUAAAACGUUUUGUGCCUUAUUUGUAGCUAUAGCACUUUAUAAAUAUGAUCACUAUAUAACAUUUGCAAUACAAAAUCUAGAUAUUUUUUUUCAGUUUAUAAUUGUCAAUGCACUUCAGGCAAUUCAGAUUAGGGCUGCACGAUAUUGGAAAAAAACAUUGCAAUAUUUUCAUUCACUGCGAUUUAUAUGCUGUUUGACCAGAUGACUUAUUAUCAUUUUAGAUCGAUUGGGAUUGAUUGCUGUAGGGGAGUGUAUCUGCAUAAAAUAUAGGCAUCUUUUUAAAAUGACAAGCAAAGUUCAAU